AGUGUGUGACACACUGACUCCUCCCACACACUCACACACUCACUCAGACACACACUCACACUUACACACACACACACUCUGCUGGUUCAUCGCUCACUUCUAAUCAGUAGUCUUUCAGUUAUAUUGCUGUGUCCUUAAUAUUACUGCUUCGAUAGACGUUAGCGUUUUUGUACGUGCUCUAAUAAAGGAGUGUUUCCCGGAAUCCUGUGAAAACUCCAGGCUGCGACUCAAGUCUCGUUCCACAGAGGAAGUUGACUUGAGCUCAUUUGCACCCACUAGCCUGCUUCUGUUACCUGGUGAUCUUUACUCAGUAUAUAAUGGGAUCUUUUCGACGUCCUCGCUUUAUGAGCUCACCAGUGCUGUCAGACCUUGCCCGCUUUCAUGCCAGUUCACCAUCUCUGCAACUCUCCAAUGCAAGUAUCUGGAAUCGUGUCCAGUCUGCUGUCAUCAAAGUAUUUGAAGGAGGAGGGCUACAGACCAAUGAGCUGUACAGCCUGAACGAAAGCAUCAGGUGGCUUCAAAGGACAGAACUGGGCUCCUUCAUUACAGAAUACUUUCAGGAUCAGCUCUUGAACAAAGGCCUGGCACAUAUGUUGGAGAAAAUUCAUCUUCAUGAGGAAGAAAACUGUCUCCAGGCUCUGUCUGAUAUGUGGGUAACAUUUUUCACAGAGAUCCUGCCAACUCUUCAAGCCAUAUUCUAUCCUGUGCAGGGUCAGGAGCUGACUGUGAGACAGAUGGCUCUGCUGGGUUUUAGGGACCAGGUCUUGUUGAAGCUUUCUCUAGAGAACAUGCUACAUACCACAUCAUACCCUCCUGCCAUUGUACAGAUGCUGCUCAUAUUGCAGGGCAUUCAUGAGCCUAGCGGGCCUAGUAAAGAAUACUACCUUCUUGAGCAACUAGUGGAUAUGGUGAUUUCACCUUACCUGAGUAACUACCUCCACAAGAGCCAGAGAGGCUCCACUUCAGGGUGUCAUUUGGAAAACUCGAGUUUGGAGACUGCACCUUACGUUAGCCAGCCAGAGAUCACAAUCACAAACUUUGCUACAGAAUCAUUGCUGACACCUCUUCUGGAGCAGGAAGGCGAGGCAUAUCUGGAGAGGACCGGUGGAAUACGGCGCCACACAGUUGCCAAUGUCAAUUCAGACAUCCGUUUUAUCUCCAUGACAAACAGAAGUAAUGGUGGAGAUAAUGGGCAUGUGAGAAAUGCAAGGAGAACUGCUCCUCCCAGGCCUUUUACCCGACCACUGUUAAUCCUGGACUCUGUCAACUAUAACAAAACCACAAAUAUGCCAGAAGAGUGCUGAAAACUUGAGAUGUACUAUGGGGUAUGUUUCUGAGCAAAAACCAACAGUCAAAAGUCUACAAGUGAUAGAACAGACAACUAAGAAUCACAAUUUAACCCAGAAAAAAAAAACUUGUUAAUUUAGGUAUUUAUUUUAAUCACUUUAGUGGAGCCUUUUUUGAUUAUCACAGAGGUUAAAGUACAGAAUGGGCCUAUUUGACUACUUAAAGUGUUCAGCAGCAUUCCACUUCCUCAGGCAGAGUUUCUAUCUAAUCUAAUCUAAUCUAUACACAAUCUGUGAAGUUGAUCAAUGUCUGUGUACCUUUUUUUUUGCCAUUCAUGUAAACGAAUAGUAAAUUAUCACAAGUAACACAGCAUUCCUUAACUGUGUUCUGUACAAAUUUUUACCAGUGUUGGAAUAUACUGUAGUCUACUUUCACAAAGUCUUUUUUGUACACAAACAGCUUAAAUGCUUACCUAGAAACUGCUUUAUUAUUCGGUUGAAUGUUUAAAGCAUGAGAGAGAGGAGCUCCUAUAAAUAGCUGAGUCCUGCCCUAAGAGCCAUGCUCUUUUUCUGCUGUAGAAGUGGCAACGCUAUGUGGAAUUUCGACCCUGCUGAACUAACAAUGUUUACACAGAUGCAGUAUUAUGCAAAAUCUUCCUGAGCUUUCAGCUGCUUGGGAUUAUUGACUUGACUACACUGUGUGACACUUUCUUGUUUUGAGCCAUUUUAGUAUGUACUGUACAAUUUGUUUGUAGUGUGGUGGAGUUGCUGAUGUUCUGGUCUACAGACUAAUUUAUUUCAUGAAAUAUUUUAGAGUCUUAAUUAUAAUUUCAACUUAAAUGUUAUGACCAAUUUUGUGUUAAUCGGUGUGCAGUGUUGUAUACAUUUGUAGUAAUAAAGUGUUACUUUGCGUAAACUAAAUAUUUUUUAUUGAUGCAGUCAUUACUGCAUGUCCAAGGCGCCUUCAACUACACAUCAGCUUUCUGAACCUGUUAUAAUGUUGUUUUAAUGAUUUUAAUCACUUAUACAGUGAAAGCACAAGAAGUACAUAUAAAUAUAGGAGUCUUGAAAGGAACAGAUGUUCCAGGAUCUGGGGACACGGCACUGAGUCAUCAACCUCCCACGGAGGUCACAAUGGUUUUGGGACCCUCAAGUGCCUGAGUGUGUACGUAUUAGGAUGAAAACAUUCUGUGAGAGCUCACGCACACCUUGGGACAGAACCAGAAGCUUGCUUUUACUCAGGAAUAGAUAAAAGGUAUGUUUGUGAAUGGUGAAAGGUGAAUGUGCAUGGUGCCAUGUGACUGGAGCAUCACAGGUUUUUAUUACCAUCUCUCACCCACUGUUAAUGUAACUGGUUAUUCAAAUCAGGAUUUACCCAGGAACAUCUGAACUGUAUUUUGUGUUGUAUUCUCUAUUUUGUUACCCUAGAUGGCGUCUUAUAAGCAGCUAUGUGUGAAUCCUAGUGAUGGCGAAGUGAAGCUUUCUUGAAGCAGUGAAGCUUUCAGCCCAAUUGUAUCGGGAAAAGGUUCAUUACUCGAAGCUUUUCCAAUCAGAGCUCGACGAGGACCUCUGCAGGGUGAAAGCGCUAUCACACAAUGUUCCACAACCAAACAACGUUUUAAUUUUAGAAGCAAAAAUUUGUGGAUUGACAAAUUAAGGACAGAUUAAUAAAUAAAUGAAUCAAUAUAUUAAAUACAUGACCAAAGCAUGUUCCAUUGCAUACACAUGGUAACUCCAAACAAAAAUGUAAUAAAGAUAACUUUUUGUAUGGUGAAUGUGGACAUUUUGAGUGUUUUU